UGUGCCAAACCCGAGCACCCUGCUGUCAUCGGUUUUCUGAUGAAGGACGCCGGCCGGCUGUUUUCAGGCGGACGCCUUGAAGUACGGAAAUUCCCUGAAGGAGGAAGAACAGAUCAGCUGCCUCCUCUUCAUCAGCGUCAUCAUCAGCAGUUCGGCUGAGCCAUGGCGGGGGCCCUGCGGAUGACUGAAGCUCAGUUCAUCAGCGUCUACGAGAACGACCUGCAGCAGUUAAUGCAGUAUGACUACAUUCCUCCAGUGGACAUAAAGACUGAGCCCUACAUACCUGAGACAGCUCACGGUCCAUACAUUCAGAUCAUCGAAGAGCCCAAACAGAGGGGCUUUCGUUUCCGUUAUGAGUGCGAGGGUCCAUCGCACGGCGGGCUCCCGGGGGCCUCCAGCGAGAAGAACAAGAGAACCUACCCAACAGUGAGGAUUAAUAACUACGUGGGUCUGGCCCGGGUCGAAGUCCAGCUGGUGACCCACAGCGACCCUGCUCGCGUCCACGCUCACAGUCUGGUCGGACGUCACUGCAUCGAGAAUGGCACCUGCACGAUCGACAUCGGCCCCAACGACCUCACCGCCUCAUUCAGUAAUCUGGGGAUCCUCCAUGUGACCAAGAAAGGUGUUGUUGAAGUUCUGACCCGGAGGCUCAGAGAAGAGAAGAAGAGACAAAAAGGAGCACACGGUCACCUGACAGAUGCUGAGGAAUCUGCCAUCGCAAAGGAGGCCAAGGAGCUGGGGAAGACGAUGGACCUGAACAUCGUCAGGUUAAAGUUCACCGCCUACCUGCAGGACAGCACCGGCGCCUUCACCAGAGCGCUGAAACCGGUCGUCUCCAACCCCAUCUACGACAGCAAGUCUCCAAACGCCUCCAACCUGAAGAUCUCUCGCAUGGAUAAGACGUGCGGCUCGGUGCUCGGAGGAGACGAGAUCUUCCUGCUCUGCGACAAAGUCCAGAAAGAUGACAUCGAGAUCCGUUUUUAUGAGGACGAUGAGGAGGGGUGCUGGGAGGCGUUCGGGGACUUCUCACCUACGGACGUCCACAAACAGUACGCCAUCGUGUUCAAAACGCCGGCCUACCACAGAGCAGAGAUCGACCGGCCCGUCACCGUCUUCCUGCAGCUGAGGCGGAAGAAGGCCGGCGACUGCAGCGACCCCAAACAGUUCACCUACAUACCGCAGGUCCAAGACAAAGAGGAGGUGCUGAGGAAGAAGCAGAAGCCGCUGCCUCCCUAUGAAAACUGGAGAGGAGGAAGAGGAGGAGGAGCCGGGGGAUUUGGUGGAGGAGGAGGAGGAGGAUUUCAGUUCCACCAGGAGAUGAACGGACCGGGCGGAGGAGGAGGAACGGCAGGCUUUUUUAACUUAUCUUUCCAAGGCUUUGGCGCCGGAGGAGGGACUCAGAUGUCAGGCUCCACCCCUCAGACGGGCUUCACCCAGCAGCAGACAGACAGACAGGCGGGAGGACAGCCCGACUCGCCGCUCCGUCAGCAUCUGCUUCAGAUCGCCGCCGCCCUCAACAGCAAAGUGACACAGAGCGCUCGGCAGACCGCCGCCGCCCUGCUGCAGUACUGCAGCACUGGAGACGCACGCGUCCUCCUGGCAAUCCAGAGACACCUCUGCGGCAUCCAGGACGGAAACGGAGACACGCCUUUACACCUGGCCAUCAUCCAUCAUCAGACAGGUGUGUUCCAGCAGCUCAUCCACACUCUGCUCAGCAGCCAGCAGCAAGGCAUCAUCAACACAGCCAACCACCUCCACCAGACUCCCCUCCACCUGGCAGUGAUCACACGGCAGGUGAAGGUGGCGGAGGUGCUGCUGAAGUCGGGGGCUGACCCCAGCCUGGUGGACAAAGAUGGCCGCACCCCCCUCCACCUGGCAGCGCUGGCUGGGGACCACAGUGUGCUUCGUCUCCUGCUGGCUCACCUGGGAGAACGUCACGCCCACCUGGUCAACAUGCCCGACUUCCACGGUCUCCACCCGCUCCACCUGGCCGUGAGGAGGGACGGUGAGCGCUGCCUGCGUCUGCUGGUCGAGGGCGGAGCUAAAAUAAACGAACCCGAGCAGAAGAGUGGGAACACCGCCCUCCACCUGGCUGUCAAAGAAAACCUGUUCAAGGUGGCCUGCCUGCUCAUCACAGAGCUCCGGGCCGACGUUAAUGCCUGCACGUUUGGAGGAAACACGCCGCUACACCUGGCUGCCAGCCUCGGCUCGCUGACCUUCUGCUCCAUGCUCAUCGCUGCAGGUGCUGACAAGUACAUCGAGAACGACGAGCCGCUCUUCUUCAGCUCCUCCUCAGACGAAGAUGAACCAAUCAGAGAGGAAGAGGACAAAGAGCGGGAGACCGCAUCAAAGACAGCCAACCCUCGCAAGAGACCCGCGGCAGGCCACACCCCCCUGGACCUCGCUAAAUGCCAAAAGGUGAGGAAGGUGUUGUUACCCAAGAGUCCAAAGCCGGAUCCUCGUGACGAACCAACCAGCAGCACUAAAGCGCUCGAGAGGCCGGGGCUCGACGAGGACACGCUGUCGCGGCUCGUGGAGGUGCUGAGCGUCGGCGACGUCCCCUGGAAGAAGCUGGCGGAGAAGCUGGGCAUGAUGACGCUGACGCACCUGUACCAGGACAGUCCCGUGCCCUGCCGCCAACUGCUGCACCACUACAAGCUGGGUGGAGGUGCAUUCGAAGACCUGGUUGAAGCUCUUCAGUCUCUCGGUCUGACAGAAGGAGUCCGACUGCUGAGGAACACUGAGCUACGAGACGACAAACACAGCACAGACGUCACGGUCGACAGCGGCUUUGGCAGCCAGCCAAUGGAAGACGUGGAGCCGCCCGUGGCCAAUCAGUGACGAGCGAGUCACAAACAUAUUCCUUCUGGGAUCCAUCAGAAACUAUGAGUCAGCAGAACCGGACCAGGACCCGCAGAGAUCCAGCAGACUGGGAGCAGGUCUCAGAGAUCGGACUCUAAACGUUUCCUGUUUCCUGCAGGCCCUGAACGCUGCAUUUCAGAUUGAGAUGAACAUUUUAAAUCUGUCUCAGCAAUAAAAUGAGUCAAGUUUUAAAAAACGGAGUCGAAAUGCAUGUUUUUCAUACAAAUACAGAAGAUGGCUCAUUUCAGCGUGUACCAUAGAUCUCAAAGCUUUGCUCUUUUUGGCCCCCCCAAGAGUACCUGGCUGCAGGCAAGAGGGCGCCGCCAUACCUCAACUCCAGUCUGGAACGCCACAGGAAGUUGUGACAUACCAGAAGUCACGUGACCUUUAUGGCGGAUGUGGGUCUUCUUCGUGGGCUUUUUCCACGUGAUGUAGCCGGCAGGUUUAAAACAAAUCUGCCGGCUUUAUUUUAACCCUCCUCUUUUGUUUGUUUCUCAGUAACACUUUGACCUAGAGCCAGUUUUAUUUAUCCCAAAAUGUCAGAAUCCACAAAUAAACAAUGGCAGUUGGUAUACCAAUUUAGAGGUGCAUUACCGCCACCUACUGGACUGGAGUUUGGAUCAGUGACUCUGGCAAUUUCCCAGCGAUAAACUCACGAAGAAGACCAACUUCCUGUGGAGAUCCAGAAUGGAGUUGAGGUAUGGUGGCGCCCUCUUGCCUGCAGCCAGGUCCCUCUCCUCCUUUUUGGUGUUAACUUAUGUUUUUGUUCUUCCUGUAAUAAUUUUACAUUCAUUAAAGAGUUUAUCUGUGA